CCUGCUUUCUGCUGAUUUCCCAGGAGUCUUUCCCAAACUCCAGAAAGGAAGCCAAGGGAGUGUGCUGGGGCUUAUGAGGUCUCCAGCAGUGGAGGCCCCUGAAGGCCCCGGGACUGCUGUUUGCAGGGUUUGGGAUGUAUGUAGCUCUGGGAGGACCCUUUUGCUUCCCCAGCCUUCCAUCAGGGCGCUCUGGAGGAAGCCUGUGGGUUACAGAUGGACCCCUAACGUCUGCACAUUCAUCCUUGUGUCUGGAGCACCCAGGGCCCCCAGCUCUGGGCAGCAUUCCCACCAAGGAGGGGGCGUCCCUCCCCUGAGACGCUGACCCCCUCACAGGGCCGUCUCCUGCUGUGGGGGUGCAGGACUCAUCCCAGUGCAGCUGCCAGCACUUGUUGAAGUUGCCCCGUGGAAAAGGAGGCUUCUGGCACUGUCUAGCUUAGUUGUCUAUGGUACUCACCGCCCAGGCAUGAGUACUUUCAAGAAUGGUUUUACUGUGUUGCCGUGUUUGGGACAGAAGUUUGCGCCAGAAGGAUUCUUCCUGGCUGGCCAGAGAGAGCAGGAGACUGGCCCAGGGCUGCUCAGGGGUGGCGGGACUGAGCCUGGAACUGAGGUCUCCGCCCACAGCCCUCCUGUUUGGUCUGCGCUGCUGGCCCGGGCAGGGGUUGCCAGGUUCCCGCCCAGAAGGGUCUGUGCUCUGUGUGGGAGGUCAGACUUGCUCUGGCACCCCCCUGGUGCCUCUCUCUAGGCCCCAGGAGCUGUGACAGGGAGUUUGGAGCUGGGUUGGAAGGGGAGGGCCUUGCGUGGCCGGACCAGGGCCACCACAGAUUGGGCCUUCUGUGGGCUUUUGCGCGGUUCUGUCACUCUUGGCGGCUGGGGGAUGUGAGAGAGGUUGUGCCCGGAGGGAGGGCCAUCAGGAGCUUCCUGAGAGGGAGUGUGCUGUAUUUCAACUCUGCCACCUUCCCAGCAAACAAGGAGAAGUUGGUUGGAGGUGAGAGGCUAUGAUGAGGUCUGCUGUCUCCUUCCCCAAGCCUUCCUGCCCACCUGUGCUCCCCACCUGAGAGCUGCGGCUGGGGAGCAUGGGGAGGGUGGGGAGGGAGAGAGGGGCUGUGGCUUACACUCUCCAGAGCACGCUAGGAUUUGUCCUCUUAUUGGGGGGCGGCUGUUCUCACUGCCACUUAACAGGGGCAGAAACAGAGGGUGCCCAAGGACAGGUGGACCUUUCCCUCCAGCGCCCUUUCACAUCAUCUGGAGAGCUCGUGCCCUGCAGGGGACUCCAAGAAGGCCAUGGUCACACUCCUAACCACCUUCUCCCUGACCACUGGGUGCCAGUCAUCCUGGCCCUUGGAAGCCCCACCCAUUUGCAGAGCUGACCAUGGAACGGGGUGCCCUUGAUGGCCCUCGACAGCCUGGCCCUCCCAGUCCUCCCCGACUCCCUCCUUCCACCGGGAAAUCAUUUUCUGUACCGCACUUGUUGAAUGGAGGCACGGACAGUGUGCUGCCAGGGCCCAGAGGACAGAGCAGGGGGCCUUUGAGCUGGACCCUCCCAGGGUCCGGGUUGCAUUUGAGGGCACUGUGACCAGCCACACAGAAAUGGAAACCAGACUGGCGGCCCGGGCAUCUUCCCUGUGGCUCCUGCCUGGCUCUAGGUGAGCAAAGGACAGUGUGUCUGAGUGCAGCCUGGCUUCAGGGCCUUUUUGCACCGGAAGCUUGGCCGGCCGAGCUGAUUCCGUGCCACGCUUCCACCCCUCUCUGAUCUUUCACUCUGGGGACAGGCUUGACCACAACCCCCAGGAAAGACAUCAUGUGAACUAGCUGGACGAUCCUCUGACAUCCCAGAGAUUCUGACUUUAUCAGGCCAAGGAUGAGCCCUCGGUACUGGUGUUUCUAAAGCUCACCAUAGCGAGGCUGACGCGCUGCUCGUGUUGAGAGCCCCUGCCCUAUCCUGCCCUUCCUGCCACAGUGGUACAGCCGAGGCCCAGAGCGGGGCAAGGUCAUACGCAAGGUCAUACGGUCAGGGGCAGAACCAGAACCUGAACCCAGCUCUGGACUUCUGGGCCUGCGUUCUUUCUGCUUGUGCCCAGGGCCCAGGCAAAAGCAGGACCUCCUGGGCUCUGUGUGGGGUGGGUUCUGCUCCUGCAGCCUUGCUGGCACGGAGUCUGGCCUCUCAGCCAGCCCCGAUCUAAUGCAAGAUGGCGCCAGUUGGGACCCCUCUCUUUGAACAGUCAAGGAGUAGGGGUGGUUGGGAAUGUGGUUUGUUGCCACGGAGAUGUCCCUCUGGUGGUAAUUGGAGGGGAAAAGCCAGUUCCAUCCUGGGAACCUGCCUUUCCCUUUAAUGUACAACUUCCUUUUGUGCUUAUUCACUCCACUGUGCAGACAUCCUCUCUUGUACCGUGACAACUUCGGGUCUUGUGCAUGAUUGAAUGGAGUUGAUGAGUUUUUUCAAAAAAUUAAGUGGUGGGCCGGGAAGAGAAUGGGCAUCGACAUAAUGAUUGUUGACCUUAUGGCCUCCCUAUGCUGGGGGCUCUGCGUUCAUGAGAUUGGUGGUCUGAAACCAGGGACUCUUUUGCUUUGAAACAUGCUGGGUGGUCACGAGUCUUCGGGAGAAUGCUACUGGUUUCUAUCAGGGAGAAGCCAAGGAUGCUGAGAAACGUCCCACAUGGCCCAAGAUGCCCGUUCCCACUCACAGAGAAGUUUCUAGCCCCAAAUGCCAAUAGUGGAGAGACUGAAAACCUCCCCCAGGAAUUCCUCCUGGCAGCCCUAGAAGCUGAUCCUAGAACUACCGUCCUCAUUUAAGAGUGGGAGGCUGGUUUGCACAGGAGACUCUGCAUCUAGCUCCAGGUCAUCUGAGUGCAGGUGCGGGCCCCUGUCACCAUCUUGGCCUGGUAACAAAGCCCCAGCCUUCCCUUCUCCCGAGCUACGGUGCUCUGAGUAGGUGGGGUGGGGAGGUGAGGGCGGAAGGAUCUUUGCGUCUCCCGCCUCUCGCCCUGGUUGUGGGAGUGGCAGGGGAGGGACUCAGGCUCAGGAUUCCUCUCUUGGGUGGUCUCAAGGUCUCAGUCAGUCGAACAGCCCCUGGCUCCUCUGUGCAGUUGGAAGCCAGGGUCACUCCUGGCCUGCAUCAGAGUGGAACUGCUGUCCCAGUGGGCACUCACGGGCUGCUCACGUUCUCCCCCGGAGCUGCCAAAAGGCCACAGUGACCCACCCCCAGAGAGUGGCUGCUAGCCAGCACCAAGGUCGGAGGGGAGUGUCCAUACCCCCAGAGGUAGGGACCUGCAGGGCACUUGGGAGCCAGGGAGGGAGAUGAAGAGAGCCACAGGACAGAGUGAGCUUUCUGUGACCACACCCUAAUCACAGGCGUCACCAGCGAGGCCACACUGUAAAUAGUCGCCCUGUGAGCCAUCUGCAGGGGCAAUGGUCUGCCCGGUAAGGACGCUUUGUUUUUCUGGAGGGCUUUAAAGCUCUUGGAUGUCGCUCUGCUUUCCCCUCCCUAGUAACGACCCCGAGGUCUGCGCGCCUCUAACUUCUGACCCGGCGGGGAGAGGGAUCCGGGAGACGCCAAGUGCACAGCCUGGGCUCUCCCCUCUAGCCAGGGCUGAGGCAGGGCCUGCCACGGAAGGCAUCCGACUCAGGCCACGCUCCCACCCGCUAUGCCGCACCCCUCCUGCUCUCCUGCCCCCUGAGGAGUAGGGGAAGGGGCCUCUGGCUAGGAGGAGGGUGUGGUGGUGGUGAGCGGGCGAGGGUGCCCAGGUGCCUCCUGGCUCCCCCACUGGGGGCCAGCAAUUAGGAAGGAGGAGGACCACCAGCCCUGAUGGUCAUUUACCCAAUUGUGCUUUGUGGGAUAUUCAACCCAAGGAAUGUGGCGCCCCUGGCCGAGCGCAAGAGGAAACCCAAGUUCUCCAAGGAGGAGCUGGACAUUCUGGUCACGGAGGUGACCCACCACGAAGCGGUUCUCUUUGGGAGGGAGACCAUGCGGCUGUCCCAUGCCGACAGGGACAAGAUUUGGGAAGGCAUAGCUCGGAAAAUCACCUCCGUCAGCCAGGUCCCCCGCUCCGUCAAGGACAUUAAGCACAGAUGGGAUGACAUGAAACGGAGGACCAAGGACAAGCUGGCCUUCAUGCAGCAGUCCCUGUCGGGCCCCGGGGCUGGGGGCCGGGCCCCCCCCAUCGUGCUCACUGCCCACGAGAGGGCCAUCGAGUCAACCCUGCUCACAGCCCACUCCGGGCACAGCUUCCCCAGGGCAGAACUGGAUGGCACCGACAGCCCGUCAACCAGCUAUGAUGAAGAUGAGGAAGCCCCUGGGCCCUCGAGGCAGCCUCUGCGGGCGUCCCUGCAGCGGUCCGUGGAGGAAGAGGCCCGCCUGGCCAGGCCCACCCUGCUCCGCUCCUCCUCCUCCUCGGACCAGUCUGAGAUGGUGGGUCCCAAGCCGGAGGCCCUGCCUCGGCCCUCACCCCAGGCCCAGGCCGCCUGCAGGACCCCUCGGCCACACCUCAGCCCACCUAGCACAAGCCUUGACUGGCAGCUCCUCCACGCCCACGUCCAGCAGACCGAGGCGCUCCAGCAGAUCUGCCAGGAGCUGGUGACCGUGCACCGGGACAUGGCAAACAGCAUGCACGCCAUCGGCCAGACCAUGGCCGAGCUGACCAGCCGCGUCGGUCAGAUGUGCCAGACGCUGACAGAGAUCCGAGACGGUGUUCGGGCGUCUCAGCAGGGGCCCGAUGGGGUAGCACCCACAGGCUCGACCAGUCGGGCCGAGGCCCCGCCGGCAGAGCCCCCGCAGGCGGCCCCAGCCCCGGCCCCAGCCCCAGCCCCGGCACGGACUACCAGGUCUCGGAAGAGAAAGCACAAUUGCUAGCGCAGCCCGUCCACAGGAGGAGGAAGAGAGAUGGAGGAUGGGGGCCCAGCUCGACACAGGAGCUCGUCUUGUGUCCGGGACUGAUGGCACCUGUAGGAUACCGGGGAGCCCGCCAUCUCCUCCCCACGUGCAGCUCAGCGGCCCUGGGCUCCCACAGAGUCUGCUCCGGCCCCGCACCCUCGUCUUUGGUUGAGGCUGAAGAUGUGGACGAAGCUGCCUGCGGGCGCUUGCUCGUGCUGGAGAGGUGGCCUCCCCGGGUCUGCACCGCAGCGGCGGGCCUCGUGGGGACGCAGGCAGCAGGAGCAGGCAGUGUCUGAAUGGGGAAUCCUGCUUGCCAACCUCAGGGCUGCCACAGCCGCCCCCCAUGGCCAGAUCCUGCUGCUUCCCAAGGGGGUGAAGCUUGAGGACGGGCAGGGGGAGCGGAGCCCCUGCCACGAGGGGCCCGUGCUCUCCUUCCCUGGGGCUCUGAGCGUGCCCAAGGGUGCCCCUGCCUUGGCCUUGCGCUUGCCCUUGCGGUGCGUGUGCUCAGCUGCUGCGCUUGCCUUUUGUGGAGUGGGGAGACGAAUGGGAUGGCGUCGGAGGAAGGAGAAGAUGCCCUGGUGUUCUCAGGGCACCUUCCACUU